GCCAAAAGAGAACCCUAGUCACCCAGAGGCACAGACCCACUCCUCUCCUCUCCUCUCGAGCCUCAGCCUCCACUCUCACCUCUCACGUCUCCAGUCUGACUCACCUCAAGCUUCCGGCGCAACUUCCGUCGAGCCACCGCCGCCGUCACAACUUCCGUUGUGCUAACGUCAGCUAGCUCUAUUCGCGCGCAGCCACGAACCGUCACGAAGUCAGCCUUCGAAAAUCGCAGCCACCGCAGGGAAGGAGGGAGCCUCUGCUGCGUCGCCGUCGUGCCUCCAUCGCUGCCAAUCCAUCAUCGCCGCUGCUAGGGUUUGUUGGAGCUGCGCAAAGCCAUCGUCGUCGCUGUCACGUGAGGAAGGAAGCAUGAGAGACCAAAGCUGCGAGAGAGGAGAAGUCACCCCCGCCGAAAGCCGCUGCUGAAGACUCCAUGAUAAAAGCGCACGUAGAAGGGGAAACAAAGGUUAAUAAAACAAAAAAAGGAAAGGGAUGGAUACUGGAACCUAUGGAUAUCCCAAACAAGGAGUGAAAAAGAUUGAUCCGUCCUAUGAUGUUCCAGAAGGAGUGGACAUUCGGGGAAGAUAUGAUGAGGAGUUUGCAAAAAUCCUCACAAAGGAUGCUCUGAAGUUUGUUGCUGAGUUGCAACGUGAGUUCAGGAGCCAUAUAAGGUAUGCUCUGGAGUGCAGAAAAGAGGCAAAGAGGAGGUACAAUGAAGGGGCUCUGCCGGGGUUCGAUCCGGCAACGAGGUACAUAAGGGAAGGGGAGUGGGUGUGUGCACCGGUUCCACCGGCUGUGGCUGAUAGGAAGGUAGAGAUCACAGGACCUGUGGAGAGGAAGAUGGUUAUCAAUGCUCUCAACUCUGGAGCUAAAGUCUUUAUGGCUGAUUUUGAAGAUGCACUCUCACCAAGCUGGGAGAAUCUUAUGAGGGGUCAAGUGAACUUGAAGGAUGCAGUGGCUGGGACUAUAACCUUCAACGACAAAGCCAGGAACAAGGUUUACAAGCUCAACGAUCAGACAGCUAAGCUUUUUGUCAGACCAAGAGGUUGGCACCUACCCGAGGCCCAUAUUUUCAUUGAUGGUGAACCAGCAACCGGUUGCCUUGUUGAUUUCGGCCUCUACUUCUACCACAAUCAUGCACCGUUCCGCCAGACUCAGGGUGCAGGCUUUGGCCCUUUCUUCUAUCUUCCAAAAAUGGAGCACUCAAGGGAAGCUAAGAUAUGGAAUAAUGUGUUUGAGAGGGCAGAGAAGAUGGCAGGCAUAGAAAGGGGAAGCAUACGGGCCACUGUUCUGAUUGAAACACUUCCUGCUGUGUUUCAAAUGAACGAAAUUCUGUAUGAGCUGAGGGACCACUCCGUUGGUCUCAACUGUGGCCGUUGGGAUUACAUUUUCAGUUAUGUCAAGACCUUCCAAGCUCACCCGGAUCGGCUGCUCCCGGACAGGGUUCUUGUUGGCAUGACUCAGCACUUCAUGAAGAGCUACUCUGACCUUCUCAUCCGGACGUGUCAUAGGCGUGGCGUGCAUGCUAUGGGAGGCAUGGCAGCUCAAAUUCCAAUUAGAGAUGAUCCAGCUGCUAAUGAGGCAGCACUGGAACUGGUAAGGAAGGACAAACUAAGAGAAGUAAAGGCAGGGCACGACGGAACAUGGGCAGCACACCCCGGUCUGAUACCAGCCUGCGUGGAGGUUUUUAACAACAACAUGGGCAAUGCUCCUAAUCAGAUCAAGGACGCGAAGCGCGAUGAUGCUGCAAGCAUAACUGAAGAAGACCUCUUGCAAAUACCUAGAGGUGUACGUACAAUGGAUGGUCUCCGCUUGAAUACACGUGUCGGUAUUCAGUAUGUGGCGGCAUGGCUCACUGGAUCUGGUUCAGUUCCUCUUUACAACCUCAUGGAAGAUGCUGCCACUGCUGAGAUUAGCAGGGUGCAGAACUGGCAGUGGAUCAAGUAUGGAGUGGAGUUGGAUGGGGAUGGACUCGGAGUAAGAGUGAGCAAGGAGCUCUUCAGCCGAGUGGUUGAGGAAGAGAUGGCUAGGAUUGAAAGUGAGGUGGGAAAAGAUAAAUUCAAGAAGGGAAUGUAUAAGGAGGCUUGCAAGAUCUUCAAAAGGCAGUGCACUGCUCCAACACUGGAUGAUUUUCUGACCCUGAAUGCCUACAAUUACAUAGUCAUACAACACCCCAAGGGACCAGCAAAGCUUUGAAUUUUGAAAUGCUUCAUUAUGUCUAAUAGUUUGCUGUUAGUUUGGAUGGUGUCUUAUACUCUUAUGUAAGACGUUAAUUCAGUCUUUAUAUUUUCAUUAUAUUUAUGUACACAAGAAACCGGCUCCACCUAGUGGGAUAAGGUUUUGUUGUUUUAUCAUGUACACAAGAAAAGGAGGAGAAGGGAAAGUUGAGGUGUUGCUAUUUUAAAUAAAGAUGGAACAUUGCUAUCUGCUUGAGCAGAAAUUAAGCCCCGUAACCAAGAUUAGUUAU